AUGGCGACCAUAUCAAACAUACUGUCGCUGCCCUUCCGCAAAUCUACCCAACUCUCGCUGUCGUCCACCAUUCGGCAGUACAUCAACACCAAAUAUGACCAGCAUCCGGAUAUGUUCCGUCAAGACCUGGAGGUCAUUGAUGCCCUCCGGCGAGAUGCGGUUAACGUGAGGGACCCGCACCCCAGUGGCAUCAAGAAGCUUCAGACGUAUGCGGGACAGCUGGCAUGGAUCGGUGGGAAGUUCCCAAUCGACAUCGGAGCCGAAUUUACAUGGUACCCGGCGCUGGGCUAUAAUACCGAACGGCCUAUGGUUCGAAACAACCUCAAGUACGAGCUCAUGAAUAUCCUCUAUAACCUCGCCUCCCUCUACUCUCAACUUGCUGUUGCGCAGUCAAGAACCGGAACUGAAGGUCUCAAGACUGCGGCAGGCUAUUUCUCGUCGGCUGCGGGUGUCCUGGAGCAUAUGCAGAAAGAGAUACUCCCUGAACUGCGCAUGUCGGAUCCCCCCGAGGACAUGGACGGCAACACCCUCGAGUCGCUGACACAGCUGCUGCUCGCACAGUCACAAGAGUGUUUCUGGCAAAAGGCCGUAAUGGAUGGAUAUAAGGACGCUAUUAUCGCUCGGCUGGCGGCGCGUGUUUCGGAUCUCUACAACCUGGCUGGCGAGGCGGCGAUGAAGAGCGAGGCUAUCAGCUCUGCUUGGAUUCACCACAUGAGUGCGAAACAUCACCAUUUUGCCGGUGCUGCGCAGUACCGCGCUGCUUGUGACUGUCUUGAGAAGAGAAGAUACGGCGAGGAGGUUGCUCGUCUGCAAGACGCUGUGUCGUGCGUCAACGAAGGGUUGAAAGAGAGUCGCGGGGGUUAUCUCAACAAGGCUGUGCUUGAUGAUCUUAAUGGUCUGAAAAGAAAGGUUGAAGAGGACUUGAAACGGGCGGACAAGGAUAAUGACGUGAUUUACCUUCAACCCGUGCCGCCAAAGUCGGAGCUCAAGAUCCUUGAAAGAGCGAACAUGGCCGUCGCAAAGGUCCCGCCGCAAGUGGCUAACCCGUUCGAUUAUCUCGGAGACCAGGCCGAGUUUGGGCCCGCACUGUUCACGAAAUUGGUGCCAUUUUCCGUGCAUGCCGCUAUUACGCUAUAUGAGCAACGUCGUGAUCGUAUAGUAAACGAGAACAUAAUAGGUCAGAUGGAAGCGCAGACGGAGAAGCUUCACGAAAUGCUUAGCUCUAUUAAUCUCCCCGGCUCACUGCAGGCGCUCGAGAAACCUCUAGGUCUGCCCCACAGCCUGGUUCAUCAUGCCGAAGAAAUACGGCAAGCCGAUGGUAUUGGUCGUAUUCAGAGAGCAUUCUCCGAUAUUGACAAGCUCCGCACCGCGGACCUUGCAGUAUUCAACGAAGGCAAGGCCAUCCUUGCAGCUGAAGAGGAAGAGGAUCAGAGGCUGAGGCGAAAGUACGGAACCGACAGAUGGUCGAGACCAGACAGCAGAAGCGACCCCCAAGGCAGUGCGUUCUGGAAUCAAGUGGCCGAGAUUGAGGGAUACUUUGCCAGCAGUACGAGCAGUGACGCAGUUGUGCGGGAGAAGUUCAGGGAAGUGCAGGACCUGCUUGAGUUGCUGUCUGGAUCGGACCGGGCACUCAUGGACUUCGUACCCUCCAGUAGACGGAUGGACAUCCCGGAGCCUCUGAAGCCAGUGAUAGGGAGACUGCGCGGGGCCUACAACGACGUCCUGCGCCUCGAGUCCAGGAGGAGAAAGAAGGCCGAGGCACUGCGGGAGAAGGCGAGAACGGACGAUAUCAAGCCUGACAUCCUCAAGGAAGCAGCCCGACUGGAGCGGACGUAUCCCACGACGGCCAUUGUCCCGGCGCACUUUGAGGAUUUCUUUGAGAAGCGUCUCGACAAGCUUUACGACUGUGAGAUUGAGGCUGUUGCAAAGGAGGAGGACGAGCAAGACCGACUCAUGACGGAGGUCCAGAGAGUCAACCGCGAGUUUGAGAACCAGAAGAAGAACCUAUCAAGCGGCAGCCGGGAGCGGGAGCAGGCGCUACAGAGACUUGACAACGCCUACUACAAGUACAAGGAGAUUGUCAACAACGUGGACGUGGGACGCAAGUUCUACAACGACCUGAGCAAGGUGGUAGGCCAGAACUUCCGGGACCCGGUCAAGGCAUGGGCUGCAGAGCGACGGAUGGACGCCAAGAGUCUCGAAGAGGAGGUCAACAUGCCGCCCCUUAGUUCCCUUAAUAUCAAUCGAUCGCCAGUUCACUCUCCGUCCGGGUCUAACUACGACCCGCGCUCGAGUUCCUAUUUCAACGCUAGUGUGGUUCCUGGCUCAUCGCCGCCGCAGCAGCAGCCUCCCUCGCGACACGAUGUGCACUCUCCGGCCGAGGCGCACAUCCAAUCCUGGGCCGGCUCGACCGUGGAGCCGCAGCACCCGAGACCUGCACCAGCAGUGCCCACAAACAUGUGGCAGCCGGACAUGGGCAUCAAGUUUUCGGCUCCUGCCGGCGCGUCAGGAGCCAACACGCAAAACCAGGGAGCGUCAAACAAACCGCCGCAGAGCGGCACCUGGGAUCCGGGAUCCGGAAUAAGAUUCGGCUAG